UGAAUAGAGAGUAGGUUUACGCCUGCAUGUUGACAUCAGCAAAAGGAUCCAAAGAAGAACCACCCUCCAUUUUUGGUCUCCUUCAAGACAUUCCACAAAUGGGACACGACACCUAUGCUUCAAUCCCACACAACAAACAAUCAAUCAAUCAAAUACCCCUCUUCUUCAUUCUAUUCUUUACUCAGAAUAAAAGUGGUGGUUAGUGAGGAACCUUUAAUUUAUUUAUAUUUUUAAAGUUUUUUGGGGAUGACCAACUACUGCUUCCCUUUAAAUUUUCUGAGUAACCUCUCCUCAGACUUCAUGUCCUAAACUCCCCCUGUUUCUUCAUUACAUUGUCCACAUUACCCUGUCCGAUGGGCUGCGUGGCGCCAGAGAGGCCGGGGAAGAAGUACAAGAAGGGGCUGUGGUCGCCGGAAGAAGACCAGAAGUUGAGAGACUGUAUCCUCAACUACGGCCAUGGCUGUUGGAGCUCGGUACCUACCAAUGCAGGCUUACAUAGAAGUGGAAAAAGCUGCAGAUUAAGAUGGAUCAAUUAUCUACGGCCAGGACUAAAGCGCGGGGCAUUUAGCUCAGAAGAGGAAGAGACAGUGUUGUCGCUUCAUGGUGUGUUAGGCAACAAGUGGUCUCAGAUUGCACAACAUUUACCGGGACGAACUGAUAAUGAGAUAAAAAACCACUGGCAUUCUCAUCUAAAAAAAAGAGUUUCCAAAGCAGUUGAAGCACGGCUUCCACAUCGAAUAAAUGAAUGCACAGACAGGGAAAUUCAAGGAUGCGAGCGAUCGUGUUUUUCACUAACAAACACAGAAGAGUCAGUGACUUUGCAGAUAGAACAAUCAAGUGAUAUUCAAAAGAGUAACUUACCGAAGGUUCUUUUUGCUGAGUGGCUCAUGUUGGACCAAUUUCAUGACACAAACACAAGCUCUGGCAGCGUGUCUGUUUCCAAGUACUCUGCUGAAGAUAUUACUUCGAAUUCUGAAGAUUCCCUUGUUCACAGUCUGAUGUUCGACGAAGGGGCGUUUGCCGGUGAAGUUCAACCGUUGUCCAACUCUAUCCUUGUUGAUGAAAUGUUUCAUGCAUCGUUCGAGGAUCAAGUGAGGCAGAGUGGCAUGAUCGACUAUUUUCCUGGAGAAUUCAACAUAAACUAUGACCUGAUGCACAUGUGAAGGAUGUUAG